AUGUCGAAGCGCAUCCUUGUGACCGGCGCGACUGGAAAUCAAGGCGGCUCCGUAGCAAAGUUCCUGCUACAACACCCAGACAAGUACAAAGUCCGCGUCCUCACGCGAAACCCGAGCUCAAAUGCCGCGAAGCAGCUCGCCCAGCAGGGCGCCGAGGUAGUCAAGGGGGACCUGACGGAUGCGUCGACGCUGGACGCGGCGUUUCGGGACUGUUGGGGCGCGUUUGUCGUUACGAAUUUCUAUGAUGCGACAAUCAAAAACGACCCGGCCAGCGAAGAACAGCAGGGCCGCAACGCCGCUCUGGCGGCCCAACGGGCCGGGGUGUCGUGCUUCGUGUGGUCGACGCUGCCGUCGUCGGUCGAAAUCUCCAAGGGCGAGGUGUGCUGCGAGAUCUACGAGGGCAAGUACCGCGUCGACGGCUUCAUCCGCGACGAGCUCCGCUUCGACGCCGCCGUCUUCGUCUACACGGGCAACUUUUACGAGAACAUGGUCUUGAGGGGCCACGUGAUCAAGACUGAUGACCGCAAAAGCGUCGAGUUUCGCCAGCCCAUCAUCAAGGAGGACACGAAGCUCCACAUGGUCUGGGUCGAAAAGGACCUGGCUGGGGUAACAGAAGCGAUAUUCGACAACUGGGACCAGCGCAAGGACGAGCUGAGAUAUCGCCAUCUCUACGCCAUGGAUGCCAUCCACACGCCGCGCGAGAUCUGCGACGUCAUCAACCGUGUUACCGGUCUGCCAACGAAAUACGUCGUGCUGCCUACGUCCGGCAACGAACAGCGCGAUAUCAUGUUUACCUUGUACAACAAGACGGGCACGUAUCCGGGCGUGGUGCUGCCUGACCAGCAAGUGCUGGAUCUCGGGGUGCAAUUGCACGGACUGGAGCAGUUUGUGAAAGAGAGGCUCGUGCCACACCUGGGACUGGGAUGA